AUGGCGCGCCGAAGUGCACGACUUGAGAAUGCGGGGUACUACGAUGUGGACGGCAGCCCCCGCAUCUCCUACUCCACUGGGACUCAACGUCACAGUUUCCCCCAGGACCAGGUGAGACCCCCUCAGGUCCGUGUGUCUGAGCCAGUCCAGAGGCCUGAGCCAGUCCAGAGGUCUGAGCCAGUCCAGAGGCCUGAGCCAGUCCAGAGGCCUGAGCCAGUCCAGAGGUCUGAGCCAGUCCAGAGGUCUGAACAGACCAGGUCUUGGCGCUGGUUCAACUGGUUCAGUUGGGGCUUGCUCCUGAAGCUCCUCUUCUCCCUGACGUCCCUGGUGGUCUCUGAGGUAAACCUUGGAAGCCUGAGGAAGGAGCUGCAUCAUCUCCAGCAGGAUCUGGGACGUCUGCAGACCAUGGCGCACCCUCAGGCCACCCUCUGGGGGAACUUUGCGUUGGCGUCGCAUGGAGCUCAGGUCCUAACCGCCUUCAGCUCCAGCACCCACCAACAAAAGGGUUCUCCCAGUUGGCUGACACCUUACUCUCCAUGGGAGGUGAUCAAAGGCCAGUAUUACCCUCUGGUACCUGGGCACUGCUGGGCCUUCUCUGGCCAGACAGGAGAGCUGUUUGUGGCCCUGUCUCAGAAGAUCCAUGUGUCUCACAUCACUGUGGGGCACAUCUCUAAAGAGCAGUCGGUCACAGGGGAGAUCCUGUCGGCUCCGAAGGCCUUCGCCCUUUAUGGACUGGAGGAAGUGGAUGGACCCAAGGUCCACCUGGGGACCUUCCAGUACGAGUCUGACGGAGACUCAUUCCAGACCUUUGAGAUCAAGGAGCACACCUCCAACAUCUUCAGGUUUGUGAAGCUUGAGGUCCUGACCAACCAUGGCCUGGAGGACUACACCUGUCUGUACAACUUCAGGGUCCACGGGAAAAUCCCUGAGGCUGCAACCACCUGGUAA